CGUGCGUGGCGCCACGUCGGCAGAAGUGCAGAAGAAGACGCGAGGAAGAGGAGAAAAAGAAGGCGAAGAAGAAGAGCAAAAGAAGAAGAAGAAGAAGAAGAAGAAGAGAACCGGCGGUGUUGGUGGUCCGUGCGUGGCGCUGCCAGCGAAGCGAACCUGCGGGGAGAGAAGACGCCCUGACGCGCCACGUUGAUGAGCUCCGGAGAGGCCCGAGCAGCAGCGCAAAGCAGGCCGGCCACGGUGAGCCGCUUCCGGCUUGGAGCUCGUCGUUCGUCCCGGGGGCUCGAGAGCGUCGGAGGCUGCACGACAAGCUGGUUUCAAGUCUCAAGUUUCAAGUUUGCGCUGUGACAAAAGCACAAUGGUCAAGAAUGUGAAUAACGUCAACGCGGAGCCCCAGCCCGGGACCACCCUGGCCUCGGAUCCGACGGAGCCCGCCGGCAGUGAGCCCGCAGGGGACUCGUCCAAGGACCACGCGACGGCGGCGCAGCCCGGCGCGGUGUGGCGGGUCACCGGCGGCCUUUUCAACGUCACCAAGGGCGUGGUGGGCGCGGCCGUGGGCGGCGUGGCCUGGGUGGGCGGCAAGAGCCUGGAGAUCACCAAGUCGGCCGUGACCGCCGUGCCCGCCGCCGGCGUGGGCCUCGUGAAGGGCGGCGUGUCGGCCGUGGCGGGUGGCGUGUCCUCGGUGGGCUCCGCGGUGGCCAACAAGGUGCCCUUCGCCGCCAAGAGGAAGGACAAGGCGGAGUGAAGGCGACCGCCGAUGCAAACUUUUCCAAGGGGUCCGAGUGAUGCGUCUUCCUUCCGACGCAUCAGAUGUUCAAUACGCAAAACGUGUACCAUCGUCAACUUGACGCCAGGUGGCUCGCACAGACGGGAAUCCACGACCGGGUGGCUGUGUUGAUCCAUUUUGUGUUUGCGAUGCCGACUGUUCUCCGCAGCCCACACGCAAUCCAACAUUUCACUUUUUUUUUUUUUUUUUUUUUUUUAUUCCCCCCCCCCCUCAUUUGUUUUGUUUGCUUUGUCCGGUUCAAAAGUCAUUCGCAAUUUCACGCUAAGGAAGCGCCUCGUGUCCCAACUACCGAGGAGUAUUUGGGCCACGCUGACCAGGAAAUAAAUGCAAGUCGGAAUAGUCAACUUGUCAACUUGCAAGAGACAGUAAGACUUUUUUCUCCCCAAAAAUUAUUGAAAAAAUAACCUUUGUAAAAACAUCUGGAUGUUUUCCUGAAAGUACAUCAUUUUUCAUAAAAUACUACCUUUUAUCCUGGGGAGGGGAAAAAAAAUAUUUUUUUUACCCCUGGAAAAAUAAACCUUUAAGAUUUAUCGAAAAAACGUUAACAUGCAGCAACUUAACUUACAUUUUUUCUUGAAAAAGUUCAACUUGUCUAAACAAAAACAUUUGACCUUAUUCUUAUUACAUUCCACCAUUAUGCUUUUUUUUUUUUUUUUCCUUCUGUUUUUAGUAUAGGCUUUAAUACGUCUUUGUACACAACUGUCUUGUUUGUUUAAAGAAAACUCUAUACGAAGCUGUACACUCCACAAAUGGACAAUUCCAGAAGUGUGUUUUUGUUAUAUUUUCCACAUUAGAUCUAAAAAAAAAAAAAAAGGAGAGAGCGAAGUAAAAGUGCCUGAUCGGUCCGUACAAUCUGAAGUGUAAUCUCGUAUUCAUCAAGUGUGCUGUCUGUUGACGUUUUGUACGACAUUUCGCGGUGGCGCGACACUGGGAGUGAGCUGGCUGGAGUUGUUGCCCUCGACGCUCAAGUGUGGGAAUUUGUGAAUCUUUAGUGUUUUUUCAAUAUAUCAAUAAAGUAGUUUUGAAA